UCAUGUAUAUCUUACACCGCGCUCUCUUUACCAGAAUGAUAAAAUCCAAAGUAAAUAUAUGUAUAAAGUUAAUAUAUGUAUUGAACAAAUCUGUUUCCCACGUGACGAUGUAACAAAUAUUAAUUAUAAGCUGUACUUGAGUAGAUAACUUAGAAACUGUCUGCUUUGCAACUUGUGUGCGCGCUUUCGUGAUAAAAACGUGCCAACGCAAUGCGACAUACAAAAAAAAGAAAUUAUUACCACUGUCAUGUAUAUAGAUAUACAUUUACAUCACACGCAUAUAUGUAGUAAAAUAAAUCGCAAUUCGCGUUCGUUCAUUUUCCAUUCGUUGUUCCAAUCUUAAAUCUGUCUGCUGGAGAAAGAACUUCUUUCAAAGAAGUACACCUAAAUCGUCGCUUCUUAUUUCUAUAAUUUCUAUAAAUAAUUCAUUGGAAUGGCAAGUCUGUCUUUGCUGAAGCGAGCCUCGGCUCUGCUAUUCACGAAAACAAGGACCAGCAUCCAGUUGCGUCGUAAUGAGACCACGAAAUCAGCAAAAGGUCCGAUUGUCGAGGUUUCAGAAAAUGAAAGCAAUGGAAUCACAACUAUAUCCAUGUCAAGACCACCAGUCAACAGUUUGAACUUGGAAAUGUGCGUAGAACUGAGAAAGGCUUUGGAAAAUGCAGUUGAUAAAAAUUCAAGAGGAGUGAUUCUCACGUCGACUCUACCUGUUUUUUCAGCUGGCCUGGAUAUCAUGGAGAUGCACAGGCCAGAAAUCAAAAGGUGCACCGAGUUUUGGCAUGCUCUGCAAGACUUGUGGCUGACCCUGUAUGGAUUAGGCAUUCCAGCAGCUGCAGCUAUCAAUGGUGCUAGUCCUGCUGGAGGCUGUUUAUUGGCAUUAUCAUGUGAAUACAGAGUAAUGGCCCAAGGAGAGCACACCAUAGGACUAAACGAAACCAAGUUAGGAAUUGUUGCUCCAAAAUGGUUUCAAGAUUCCAUGAUAGCAGCAAUAGGAUAUAGACAGACAGAACUAGCACUUAUGAGAGGAAGUCUUUUUAAACCACAAGAUGCUCUUAAAAUUGGGCUGAUUGACGAAAUUGCCUCUGACAAAAAUGAUACUAUUGCAAAGUGUGAAAAGUAUAUUUCCAGUUAUGCUAAAAUUUCAAGGGAGGCGAGAGAGGCAACAAAAUUAAGUUUGAGAAAAAAAACGCUUGAAUGGCUCGAAAAAAAUCGCGAUUGGGAUUCAACAAUUUUCUUAAACUUUGUGCAACUGCCACAGGUCCAAGAUGGUCUUGAUAAAUAUUUACAAGCUCUAAAAAUAAAGUCUUCCAAAUGAAUUUAUCGAAUCAAAUGAUAUUUUUUCAUAUUUUUAUAUAGCAUAGAAUGUAAUAUAUUGGAAAAUUUAAUUCCAAAA